AUGGUAUGCACACAGCCAAGCCCAUUGACAGGAGGAGCAGAUGAUGCUGACAGCAAUAGGGUAAACGCAAGAAGUCGUCGCGCAAGCCCACGGGCCCUAGGAAGGUACGACAUUAACGCGGCUCUACCACAGCGCGUCGCAAGUGCCAAAUACUGACAGAUUUCCACAGCGCGAACCUCUCGCCACGAACUUCAAAUGCGUCUUCUGCAACCACGAGACCGCCGUCACCGUCAAGAUCGAUAAGAAAGGAGGAGUCGGAAACCUGAACUGCAAAUCAUGCGGCCAGACAUUCCAGACCGGCGUUAAUUGUACGCACAUGAGGAUGCGCCGCAACAUCAUGAUACUGACAGUGCUCCAGACCUGUCUCAAGCCGUCGAUGUCUACGCGGACUGGAUCGAUGCUUGCGACGCUGUUGCGAAGGACAGUGGUGGGACCGUGGAUGGCGUACCACCAGCGAUUCGGCGUCCGAACCAACCACAAGCAUCCGCACGCGCAGGAUUGGCACCCGGAGAAAAAUACACAGAUGAGGACGACGGCUUCAUUGACGACGACGGGGUAGAUGCUGAGGCAGACUAUGCGGAUGAUGAUUGA